CAGUCCACAUCUCCUGCCUGUGUUGUCUCUCCAAGAGCGAAUAUAACCUACAGUUGGGAAAGAUGGGAGUCUCUCGCCGUUGCAGCGCACUGGCAGCAUUCGUGGCCCUCGCUGCUGUGUCUUCCGAGUGCCAGGCGUUCAUCAAUUGCUUUCUGCGAGCGGGGGAGCGAACACCGCCAUCAGAAGCAACCACUUCAACGACGAGCUUCAGGCACAGCAGCAGCGGGUGGUGCCGAAUGGCAAGGGCGAAGGACUGUGGGGCAUUGUUGAUGUCAGAAGUGGCGGAAGACUACCCUUCAGACACGGGAGAUGACAGAUUCGCUGGGGGGGCCGGAACGGCCGAACAAGAAAGGUUAGCCUUCACCGAGAAGGACACGCCGGAGGUCGCCCAGCUCAAGCUCGACCUUCUGCGCAUCGCUGCUCUCACCGGCAGGGGUCAGUUGGCCACGCCGGCAGAACGUGGGCGCGUGGAGGACGUCAUCUGGGAGCUGGAGAUGCGGACGCCAGUGGAGGACACGGCCACGAGCACGGCGUUGCUGGGGAGAUGGGCUCUAGUGUACGCCAGCGAGGACGCCACUCGAUCCAGCCCUUUCUUUUGGGCGUUCAGGAAAGCGACUGAGGGGAUUAAGCCUCCCUUCGGAGGGGGCGGCGACGGGGACAGCUUCGACGGCUCCACGGUCGCGGCCACGAUCUUCGCCAUCACCGACAGCCUCCCGGGCAAGAGCGUUGGCGAGGCGGUCCAGACCAUCACGGAGAAAGAGAUCAAGUCGGAGGUAGAGAUUUUUGCGGGGGCUAGCGCGGGUUCGGACAAGAGAGGGAAAGAGGGCCCGAACACGUUCCCGUCGUUCCGCAGCGUGAUGACCACGACGUCGGAGAUCACGGACGCUGCGGGCACGGAGACGAAGCUCAGGGUAGCCAAGACUCAGGUGCGAAAAAGCGCUCUCGGGCGGUUGCUGAAGCCGCUGUUCAACCUGGACAACAUAGAAUUCCAGACGGACAACUUGCUCACCCCACUCAAGGAGGGUUCCACCGAGGUGUCGAUGACCACGACGUACUUGGACGGGCUCCUCCGUGUGAGCCGCAACGAGCAAGGGCAGGUGUUCGUGUUUGCGAGGGAAGACGACGGGGAGUUGCGAUGAGAGAGAGAGGGCGUUUCGCUGUCGACGAAGAGGGUCCCCAGACUUCCUUGGCAUCGUGUGCUGUGUUUCGCGGUGCUCGCGGUGGAGGGGGGGUCGUAGGGGUCGUAGUUGUGUUUCUCUUUUGGCUGCUGAGAGAAGCAGCUGGAUAACAAUACGGGGUUUCCUUGCGAGGACGAAUAAGGUUCGUUUCUAUCCCCGCUCCCCCCGCCCCCGCCCCUUGCCGCCAUCAGUUUCGGCAGGGGGGCGGUGGGGCAAGCUUGCUAUUAAUCGCGGCGAUUGAGGCCACCAUGUCUGUUUUUUCCCGAGAAGACGAUAGUGUGCUUGUAGUAAAGAUAGUACAUUUCUACCGGAUACCAGAAUACGCCACCAGAGCUGCUGCUACCCAUGACAAAGCACGGGGAGUGGUUUACGAUGCCCUGUCGUGGUGCCCAACCUGGGGUAGAGGGGAUUGGUCGGCGACGAGGCCGUAGCGUUAUCCGUCUGUAUGACUCAACACCAAUGGUCACAAUUCCUUGCUGAUGACAUCCCUUGUUGUCAAAACUCUCCUUGGUUACCGUGACACCCGCGUCGGGCUUGCCGCUGCAGUUUUCACAUUUGCCAGCACCUCUUCUGUCUGAAGUAGACAUGUCUCCUCGGUGUUGGUUGCGCAGUUCUACGGGGGCCUACGCCCGCUUGACACGAAAGAAAGUUUUUGUGAGGAAAAUGGCGGUUCUCUUCACUGCUGUCUCACCGGC